AUGUCGUUGAGCAAAACGCCCUGCCAAUCCAUGUUCCGUUUCGUGUUCUCUCGAAACGCCAGCACUUCGAGUGUCCCCACACCGGCAAGAAUCCAAUUGAAGAAGCCAACAGCUGAGGCUGGACACUUCCAAUACUCGCGUAACUGGUCCCGUGAUCCACGAUUUGUGAAGGUUGCCAUUCAGAAGGGAGACACUCCUUAUCAAUUCCUCGUUCGCCGUCUUGGCCACGCCUACGAAGUGUACCCACUCUUCGUUCUCACCGGUGCUUGGUUCGUCCUCUUCUGCGCCGCCUCAUAUUGGAGUUUCGGAAAAGCUGAAAUCUGGCUUGACAGAAGUCACUCGACAGCUCCAUGGGAUUGGGAGAGACUUCGUGACAACUACUGGAAGAUGCCAACUGUAGCAUUCGAUCUCGAUGGACGUACCCGCAAACGUUGUGAAAUUAUGGAACAACUUCAGGAUGAGAUGUUGGAGGCUGCCAAGAAGAGAGGAACAAGAUAA